GCGUGUUUAUUUGAUGGUAAUGAAAUAAAAAGACAGCGCAUUCAAAAAGAUUCCACAUUCGAACUUUUAACAAAAGAAAGCAUAGAUGUAGAUGAAGAUUUGAUCAUUGGAAACUUUAAUAUUAGAGU